UUUUGUCAUAAUUUUCUUUUGAAAUGUCAAGAAAAGAUCAAAAUUUGUUGUCAUUGUUAGAACACAAAAGGUGCAUUUAAAGACCAAAAAAAGCUAAAAAACAAUUUUUUCUUUUAUUGUAAUAGAACGCAAUGGCAUCCGCAAUGGACGUUGAUAUGGACGAAGUCGAAAUGCCGACUUCAAGCAGCUCGAAAGGUGAAAAAAAGCGGUUUGAGGUUAAGAAGUGGAAUGCAGUUGCUCUAUGGGCUUGGGAUAUUGUCGUAGACAACUGCGCCAUUUGUCGCAAUCACAUUAUGGAUCUCUGUAUUGAAUGCCAAGCAAAUCAGGCUUCAGCAACUAGCGAGGAAUGCACUGUAGCUUGGGGAGUGUGUAACCAUGCUUUCCAUUUUCAUUGUAUCUCCAGAUGGUUGAAGACAAGGCAAGUUUGUCCUCUAGAUAACAGGGAAUGGGAGUUUCAAAAAUAUGGACACUAGCCUGGUAGUUCAAUUGUGUUUAUUUCCUAUUUAUAUAUUUGAGAUGUAAAUUUAUGUGUUCUUUAAUGAUUACACUGUUAAAAAUC